AUGUGUGUCUUGGCUUUCCUGGAAUGCAGGGGAGAUCAGAGCGGCUCUAGUCAGCGGCUGCUCACACCAAGUCCUGGGAUGGCAAGCUCUGGUCACUUGGAGACAGUUGUGUCCUGUCCCAGGCAGACGGCAAGGAAUGGAACCUCCGCCACGACCUGCAAUGGAGCUACCCCGAAGGCACUGGCCUUUUCCAUCGAAAGGAUCAUGGCCAAAACCUCAGAACCAAGGAACCAUACUGAACAAAGACAAAGCUUGGAGAAAGCCGAAGGCAAAAAGGUCGGGAAAUUGUGUUCUCCUGUCCCGUGUAUGCUUCCUAUCCAACCAUUCCCUUAUGACUUGCAAGCUAAAGCUCUCUUGAACUAUUCUGAGGUAUGGAAGACUAAUCUGAGGGGGUCACUUUGUACUUCUGCGGCAAUGUGUAAAUCAAACUGUGGGAUGUGCUGUAAAACUGACUUAACUUUAGGCCCUUCUAUGAUGACUGCGAACAGACUGAUAAAACCCCAAGUCAUAAACCAAACAGUCGCUAUGCCUGCCAACGGUUCCCUUUAUUAUUUCAACUAUCUGGACACUACCUACCAUCCUUCAGAGUUGCUUCGUGGACAUCACAUCUUCCCAUCUCAAAUCCUCGGUUCUCAGCCCCCAGCCUCGCUUUCUGCUCACCAGAAACUUCUUUUGUUGGAGAAUGCUAAAUUUGCUAGCUUGGCCGCAGAGAAAUAUCCAACGCCACAAUUUCCUCACAAAGAACGGAUCCCAGGACAGCUGGACCAAGUGAUCAAAGAAAACAACAGCUUUCCAGUCGAAAAGAAUGUAAUUAAAAAUCAUCAAAAACUGAGCAACACCUCAAACGACGGCAAACCCAAAAACUUUACCUGUGAAGUGUGUGGAAAGGUUUUUAACGCACAUUAUAACUUAACACGCCACAUGCCAGUUCACACUGGGGCCAGACCGUUUGUGUGCAAGGUCUGUGGGAAAGGUUUUCGACAGGCCAGUACCCUGUGCAGACAUAAAAUAAUCCAUACACAGGAGAAACCUCAUAAAUGCAAUCAGUGCGGAAAAGCUUUCAACCGAAGCUCCACUCUAAACACUCACAUUCGGAUCCACGCUGGUUACAAACCCUUUGUUUGCGAGUUCUGUGGGAAAGGAUUUCACCAAAAAGGAAACUACAAGAAUCACAAACUGACUCACAGCGGAGAAAAACAGUUUAAAUGUAAUAUCUGCAACAAAGCAUUCCAUCAGGUGUAUAAUUUAACGUUUCAUAUGCAUACUCACAACGACAAAAAGCCUUUCACUUGCGGCGCUUGUGGGAAAGGAUUUUGCAGGAACUUUGAUUUGAAGAAGCAUAUAAGGAAAUUACACGACGGUAAUUCCGCCACAGCCCCAGCGAACGAACGUUCAAGGGUGGGGCAAAGUUAG